AUGGCAUGGCAAGUCGUGCAGCGGCGACGUGGGCCCCGGCGUGCAGGCGGCGCGGAGCUCGCGGCGGAGGUCCUCCGCAGCCUGUUCAGCGGCGGGGGCGGAAGGGCUGCUGGCGCGGGGGGUGGAGGCGACGCCAAGAAACAUCCCCCGCACCGCGCGGCGUGGCGCUGCACAUGCGGCGCCCCCAACUGGGAGGAGCGCGGCAGCUGCCGCCGCUGUGGGGCAGCGCGGGCCGGAGCCCCUGCCCGCUGCCCUCCGCCUGCGCCCGCGGCGGAGCGCGCCGCGGAGCGCGCCGCGUCUGGGCGCGCCGACUGGCCGCUGCUCCCAGGGACGGAGCCUCGGCCACAGGCGCAGGUCCCCAGGGAGGACUCGCGCGAGCGCGUGCCAUCACCGGCGCCGGGGCACCGUGGGCGGCCGCCGGCGCCCGAGGACGCUGCCGCAGCAGCCGCCGCGCAGGCGGAUGCCCUCGAGGCUUCGGCGGACCAGCUCGACAGCGUCCGCCUCGGCCCUGCGGCCGCACAGCUGCGCCGGCAGGCCGCCGACCUGCGGAAGCGCGCGGCCGCCCCAGCCCCUGGGCGGCGCCUGGACCUCUUGGAAGCUUUCGUGAAGCGAGCGGCCACGCGGGCCUCGAAGGCGGCAGCGGCAGUCGAGGCCGCGGAGGUCUCACUGGCCGAGGCCCGCAGCCAGGAGGAAACCCUCCAGAGGGAGUUGGAAGAGGGGGAGGCCAAACUCGCCCAGCUGCGCGCCGAGCUCCAGACGGAGCGCAUGGACGAUGCGCCGGCGUCGUCUCCAGCAGCUGCGGGGUGGGCACACCCGGCACGGGCGCUGCUGCAGGCACUCAACACCUCGCAGCUUGUGUGCCCUGUCUCGGGCCUGCCCCCCGAGAGCAUCGCGGCCCCCGUGGCCGCCCUCCACGCUGCCCUCGGGGACGUGGAGUACAGGGUCCGCGCCGCCAGGCUCGACGAGGCGAUCGAGGAGUCGCGCGCCCGGAAGCAGCCAGAGGCGGAGGAGCAGGAGGAGGACGGCGACGAGAGGUUCAGCGACGACUCCGACUUGCGGCAGCGCGCAGAUUGCCACGAGUGGAAGGGCUGGGAGGCGCCUGAGGCCAUCUGCAAGCUCCGCUCCGACGCUGGCGCCGAUGCCGGCUCCGAGGCUGGUCGCCCCGUCACCUGGCAGUGCGGAUGGGCCGGCAUCCGCGUGGGAGAGGUGAAACACCCAGGACCUCCCGGCGCUGGAUCGCAGCUCGCCUGUCCGAACUGCCAUGGCCUGCUGCGUGCGGCGCGGCCUGACAGCACGGCCGAGACUUGCGCCGUCCAUGGUGGACCUGGACGGGGAGGGUGGCUGUACAGGUGCGAGCCGUGUGGGGCCGCCGUGUGCCGGGACUGCGCGGUGGAUGCUGCCGCUCCCGCAGCCGCCAGCGUGGGGCUGGGGUCCGCCGCCGGAGCCGACGGCACACAGGCGCUCGCGGCGGCCGCUCCGGCGACCGCGCCGGCCUCCGAUGCCGCGGCGGCCGCGGCGGCGGCGCCGGCCCAGGUGCUCCAGAAGCUGUCGAAGCGGUUCCGGGAGCUCUUCCAGAGGCCCGCUCUGUUCCGGAGGCAGGGCCGGCGGGGCUGCGCCACCGAUGGCGCCGACCUGCGCCAUAGGCGAUUGUGGCGCUGGGGCAACACCGAGGCGGGCUACAUGAGGCAGGGGGAGGUCGUCGAGGUCUCCAAGACGCCGACGCCCGUGGAGGAGUUCCAGGGCGCGUCGUCGGCUGCCUGCGGCUCGAGCCACUCGGCCGUCGUCGUCGACGGGCAGCUGUACACUUGCGGCUCCAACAAGUACAGCCAGCUGGGCCGCGAAGCCAGCGACGAGAGCGACAGCUCGACGUUCGCGGCGGUGUCCGUGCCAGGCCGCGUCAAGCAGGUCGCCUUGGGAGCCUACCAUUCCGCCGCAGUCACCGAGUCGGGCGACCUCUGGACGUGGGGUUGGGGUGGCAGCUUCUGGUACGGCGCAGGCGCGUUGGGGCACGGCUCCUCGGAGACCAUGUCGGAGCCGACUAGGGUGGCCGCCUUCGGCGAGCAGACGGGGGAGCGGGUGCUGCAGGUGGCGUGCGGCGCCCAGCACACCGUCGUGCUGCUGGAGAGCGGCCGCCUGUUCUCCACGGGCAAGGGUGACUUCGGCCGCCUGGGGCACGGCAGCACCCGCGAUGAGAUCGAGUUCGAGGAGGAAUCGACUACUUCCAGCAGGAGCGCGACUCGUACUUCCGACCGGGCGAGCCGGCGAGGAUCGUGA